AUGUUGGGGUUCGGCUUCACGAGCCUGAGGGAUCUGGAUCGUUCAGAUGGUACGGUGGUGUUACAGCAAGCUGGGUACGAUGAGAACGCGCCGGCAGACAUUGUUCUCUAUCCGCAACCGUCGCCGGUCGACCCCAAUGACCCUCUUCGCUGGCCGCGAUGGAAGAAGCACGUAGCAUUCGCCUCAGUGUGCGCCUUUACAUUCCUGACAAACUUCGCGAUCGGAGGCUUGGCGCCAGCGUUCUACAUCCUCUCCAUCGAGUUCGAUAAGUCAUUGGAGGAGACCUCACAUCUGCUCCUAUAUCCCAUUCUGGUAUUGGGCGCGUUCAACUUCUUUUGGGUACCUGUCGCCAAUUACGUCGGGAAGAGGCCGGUCUUCGUAUUCGCCAGUGCGCUUCUAUGCGCGUGCUACGUAUGGGGCGCCAUGGCAAAUUCGUUCAAGAGUCUUCUGUGGAGCAACAUCAUCGCGGCAUUCGCGGGAUCUUCCACAGAAGCUUUGGGCGCAGCAAUUGUCAAUGACCUGUACUUCCUCCACGAACGAGGUGCCAAGAUGGGUAUCUACAUGAACGCAAUCGCAGGCGGCAACACAUUAGGACCAUUGAUCUGCGGCUUCAUUGUAACAAACCUCAGCUGGCGAUGGCAUAAGUGGAUCGCCGUGAUCCUGACUGCGCUGAACUUGCUCGCGAUAUUACUGUUGGUCCCCGAGACGCGAUACACGCGCGAAGUAAUCAAAGGCGUCGGUGUAGCCAUUUGUCCAUCGAGCGAUAAGAUUGUGAUGGCAGAUGAGAAAUACCUCCGGCCAAAGUCCAGUAACCCAAUUCUGUACCAGCAUGCAAAGAACUCAUGGAGACAAGAGUUGAGCUUAUGGAGUGGCGUUUCAGAGACGAGCCUGGUCAAGAUGUUCUUGCGACCGUUUCCGAUGAUGGUGUAUCCUGCGGUUAUAUACGCGUUUCUCUGCUACUCCAUAUCUUUGGUCAUUACGGUUGCAGUCAACAUUCUCAAUCCGUUUGUGCUUCAAGCACCACCGUACAAUUGGAGCCCGCAGAUCAACGGCCUCAUCAACAUUCCAGGAAUUGUGGGCAACUUGAUCGGAGCUUGGGCAGGGGGAAAUCUCGUGGACAUUUGGUGCAAGUGGCAAACGAGGAAAUUACUCGGCAUCUACGAGCCAGAGAGUCGACUCUACCUGGUAAUCAUUCCGCUUGUGAUCACGACAGCAGGCUGCCUCGUGUUCGGUUAUGGUGUGCAGAACAGUCUUUCGUGGGUGUCGCUCUUUUUCGGCUAUGGCAUGAUUUCGAUCGCGCUGACUGCCAUACCAACGAUCACAAUGGCAUAUGUAAGCGAUUGCGCGUUACCGGUCAAUUCGGACGUUCUAUUACUCGUGAAUGGGCUGAAGAACAUCGUGGCUUUCGGCUUCCUCUAUGGUGUGGUACCAUGGGUUGAAGAGGCGGGUUAUGUAAACAGCUUUGGUACCAUGGCCGGCGUCUUUGCUGGUAUAGUCGGUAUUGGCGCUGUAUCGCUGGUCAUCUGUGGCGCCACUGUACGCCAUACUUCAGCACAGUGGAGGGUCAUCCUAGAAUGA